AUGACAACUCGAACGACAAAGGGAACAGUGAGAGCUCGGACAUCAGCAAUAUCAUCAGUUGGACGGCAAGCAGGUUUAAAAUCUUUGAUUAUCUCACCCAACCUCGAUGCUCUACUGGAACAUGAAGAACAGAUACGCAAGAGCCUAGGUAGCCCGUGGUCUCCCACCAGUCCCGCAAGCGGUAAUAGCUCCCCUCAUUCCAGUGUCUAUUCAAUAGACACCGGCAUGCCCCAGAUAAAACCUUUGUCUCCUCCCCCCAGAAGAAAUCUCAGAAGACCCAGGACUUCAGGAGAUUCGGUGGACAGUUCAGGCUCGCCAGGUCUUGAGCUGACGACAGCGACAAAUCCGUAUAUUAAUCCGGCACCAACACUAGAACAAAUCAAGCGAUUACAGGAAAUAAUGAAUUUGCACGCACCAGAACAGACAGGCUCGGCGACGCGAAGUUUAGCGAGGAGCAGGAAAGCACCUACACGAGCGGCAACUUCCCACGCUGCGUUGUCCUCAACGCUCACGACAACGGUUACGAUGUCCAAACCACCCGUUCCCACUUCCCAAAAACCAGAUUUUUCUUCAAUUCGUUCUCAGAAACGCCCUAGAAAUGCCUUUCAUUCAGGCUCGUCUCCCUCAUCGCCAGCAUUCGACUUACCCCCAACUACCAAUCAUCUCAACUCGGUACAACGAUCAGAGCUAGUACGCAAAUCCAGAAAGCUCGCCCAGGUUUUUGGUCAAACUCCAGCGGCAGGAACGUUGGCAAAACAGGGGAAAAGUUUUCUCGAUUUGCCUAGUUCGCCGCUUGACGCUGGUAUUACCAAACACAGGCAUCACCGUGCUGCCCACUCCGUUUCGAGCGAUAUCAAUAUACCUGAAGGUAUUACAAGAACCAACGAACCUUCACCGUUGUGGCCACCUCCUGGUACCCAAUACAUUUCCGGCAAUGGUAGACGCCAUUCCACACCUCUUUCGCCGGAUCAGUUCUCUUUUCUCAGCGAUGCCGCCACGGACGAGUAUGAAGAUAACCGAUCCUCAUAUUCUCGUCGUUCAUCCGAGCUUAGUAUCGAAAUUAGCAGUACACACGAAGGAACCAUGUUCGAUGAAGACGCGGCCGCUUCUUUCAUGGACCUCUCAGAUGGGGAAGCUGAACGUCCAAAUAGAGUCACCGUUACCACAGUUCCGGUUGAUGACAGCUCCUCGGUGGCGCUAACUGAUGAAGAUCCCCACAAUCACCGUAAUGGACUUCCAACAAGCUCUUCUUCAGGUUCCUAUGAUAUGCUCCAGCUCCAGGAAGGCCAAGUGCAAUCACAUGGUCACGCCGGCCGACGACACUCCCCUGAAACAUCAUCACCAAACACAUCUUUGACAAGACAACUCACCUCUUCACCAUCUCAUUGUCGGUCGAACUCCUUUAGCACAGACGACAUUUCCCUCUUUGAAAACCUUAACAUCAACAUGUCACCAGAGGAACAGGCAGAAGAAGAUAAACGGCGCAAGAGAGAAAAGCUCGCCAAACUGCACCGCUUUUUAGGGUCUCGUGUACCAGCGAAUUUAGUUAUAGCCGGGAUCGAGGACCCUGGGUUGCCACCUCUAUCACCUGCAGACGCGCUUUUGUCGCUGGAAGGUCGAAAGGACAGCUCGUGGUUGGGGCGCCGAAGGAGUAGCUCUGCAGCAGCUUUCCCUGCUUGGUCUGAUGACCUUGAUAGGUUGAAAGACGGUCUUAGCAAUGCGGAGAAGGCCAUCAUUGUCAGGAGGGCACAGAAGAUGGAGAAGAUGUUUGGUGUUGCUCCACCGCAGACGCUCUACCAUACUCGGCAUUCUCCCUCAUCCUCUGCUCUCCCGGCAAACACGAUCGAUAUCAGUCCAGGAACGAUCUCCCCUGACCCCUUAUCCUCUUCCACCAAUUACAAAUCAAAACAGAAACAUAAUAGGCCGGGGACCGCGGAGAGUCAAAGACUGUUGUUGCCCAAAGGUUCAAAUAAAGACAAAGAGGUUGGCAGCACUGGUGGGACUUCCUCCGACACCAGGAGGGCCAGAGGAUCCAGCGUGGUGUACUCGCAUUACCAACACUCUUUGAACUCGCUUGAUGAUAUUUUGGACCGGGAUGAUAAAGCUUCCUUAGCGGAACUGCAUCAGUUCCUCAAUAAUCCUGAUCCCGACGACCUCAUAGACUGGAACACAGAUCAAGAAAUUUCGCCCGACCCUGAGCAUGACUAUACCCAAGAGCUGACACGAUUUCAUACCUCUAACGACAAGGGAAAACAGCCUGCUGAAGAUAAACGCGCCUCUUUUGCACCUUCAUUCAAAUCCGAACGGAGACAUUCAUUGCCGACUCCAGUUACUGGGUCUGGAACGUCUUUCAUUUCUCUGGAUUUAUCCCCUUCAGACCGUAACUUUUACUUUGGUGGACGAGAUCGGGCGGAUUCAAUUUUGAGUCGGGACGAUGCCUCUACUAUCCGUGGAGGACCUGAUCCGCAAGAGGUGUACUUCCAGAUGAGGAGGAGAAAGGCAGCCAAGUUGACGCAGUUUUUUGGUGUUGACUAUAGAGAGUUGAUCAGAGAUGUUCUGGAGAGUAUUGAAGGGGGUUUGGAGAUUGAGAAGCAUAAGGGUACAGUCAGCAGAGAGGAAGUUGAAGACCUACUUCAGAAACUGCGUACAAUCAAAACAAAGCGGGCGGGUUUGUUCAGUUGA